AGCCACAGUCUGGGCGUUGUGACGACAGAUUUGAGACAACGCUGCACUGAUGAACACUCUGGCACCUCAGCAUCAGCUCCUAUGACUGCAGGAAUUAUUGCACUCACACUGGAGGCAAAUCCAGCUCUGACCUGGAGGGACAUUCAGCACAUCAUAGUUAAAACUUCAAGCCGUGGUCACCUGAGCGCUUCUGACUGGCAGAGCAAUGGAGCUGGAUAUGAUGUUAGUCACCUUUAUGGGUUUGGGUUGCUGAAUGCUGAGGCCAUGGUGAAGAACGCAGAGACCUGGAAACAAGUGCCUCCUCAACACAUAUGUGAGGAAAACAUAGGCCAGAUUGCAAGGAUCGUCAGUCCAGAGCGAGUGCUGAGGUCAGUGUUGAAAUCCUCAGGCUGCUCUGCUCAACGUCUGCAGCGGGUGGUUUAUCUGGAGCAUGUCAUUGUACGUGUCACAAUCACACAUCCUCACCGUGGAGACCUGUCAAUCACACUGACAUCACCUUCUGGAACCACAUCUCAGCUUCUAGCAAACAGACCAAAUGAUCACUCCAGUGACGGCUUCGUUAAGUGGGAAUUUAUGACGACUCACUGCUGGGGUGAAAGACCAGCAGGAGACUGGAUCAUGGAUAUUAGAGACACCCCAUCUCCAAAGAGAAACACCCGACUCCAAGGGAAACUGGUAGAAUGGUCCCUGGUGCUUUAUGGAACAUCCACACAUCCAUACACAAGACAUGAACAGCCCCGUUCUGCCCAGCUGCCUUCUGAGGAUGAAAUCACAGAGGACUAUAAUGGUUCUUGUGACCCUGAAUGUAGUGAGGAUGGUUGUGAAGGACCUGGUCCUCACCAGUGUAUUUCCUGCUUGAACCUUUUCCUAAAGUUCAAAAAUAACACACGGACCUGUGUGUCUGAGUGUCCAAGUGGAUACUGGGGGGAUAAGAAAAGGUGUAAGAAGUGUUACUCCUCCUGUAAGUCGUGUUUGGGAAGCCGCAGUGAUCAGUGCACAACCUGUAAGUCUGGUUACCAUCUAAAUGAGGAAAAAAACAACUGUGUGACCAGCUGUGAGGAUGGCUACUUUCUUUACCAUGAGGAAAACGUGUGUAGGAAGUGUAAAAUUGAGAACUGUAUGAAAUGCACCUCAGCCUCCAUUUGCACUGAGUGCUCUGAGGGCACAAGCCUAGUGGGCAACAGAUGUCAGAAGAGUUGUGAGGUGGGGAGUUACUACAGUGAGCCGGAGGACUCAUGUGAGGCUUGCCACCCAGCCUGUGCUACAUGUGCUGCUGCAGGUCUGGAGUCAUGUAAUCGCUGUGCUGAAGGCUACCUGAUGGAGAACUGGAGAUGUGUGUCCUCUUGCAAUCAAGGUUUCUAUGCAGAACAACAGAACUCGGACAAUCAGAGCACCUGUAAAAGGUGUGAUGCAAGCUGUCUAGCCUGUGUCGGGCCAACUAAAGCAAACUGCAGUGAGUGUGUAGAUGGACAUGCACUUCAGGAUGGUGUCUGUGUUCUCAGCCACAACUGUGGUGAUGGGGAAUAUCAGGAUGAGAGUGGAGAGUGUCAGUCAUGUGAUGUGUCCUGUCAGAAAUGUAAAGGUCCACAGAGUGAGGAUUGCCUCAGCUGCUUAAGUACACAUUGGCUGGAUUAUGGUCAAUGUGUGGUCAGCUGCUCAAAUGGGAAGUACCCAUCCAGUGGACAAUGUCACCUCUGUGAUCACACCUGUGCCCAGUGUGUUGAUGCUGGUCCUUCUAACUGUACCAGCUGUGAUACAGAUAAGUUUGGAGUGGACCGGUACCUGUACCGUGGCCAAUGUGUGGAUGCAUGUCCUAAAGCUCAUUUUCACACAGUCAUGAAGGCAUGUGAGCCGUGUCCUUCAUACUGCAAACUUUGCUCAUCAGCCACACACUGCAUCAAGUGUGAGGACUCUUUCUACGUCAACAAUGGAGUCUGUAAUAAACUGGAGUGUGGUGAAGGAGAGGUGGAAGACCCAGAAUAUGAUGACUGCAUGCCAUGCGAAGAGGGAUGUCAUAAGUGUGUUCUCUAUAAUCCAAAACACUGUCUUUCCUGCAUUAAUGGAUAUUACAGGUUUGAGGAAAGCUGCUAUAAAAAUUGUCCUUCUAAGACAUACCCAGUGGAGGAGACCAUGAGCUGUGUGUCAUGUGAACAUGACUGUGUCAACUGUGAUGAAGAUGAGUGCAGCUGGUGUGAAGCUGACUUCUUCAUAUCAAAUGGGAAAUGUGUUCGAGAAUGUCCCGAUGGGUUCUAUAAUGAUGACGAAUCUCAGGAGUGUGAGGAAUGCCACUCUGACUGCAGAACAUGCAGUGGCCCGGAGGACAGUGACUGUGAAAGCUGUAGCGAGGGACUGACGCUUGACAGUGGAGCUUGUGUGUCUGAACAGGAUGUUUGCCCUGCACAGAUGUAUCUCACUGAUGAUGGGGAAUGUGAGGCCUGUCACUCUUUAUGUGAAUCCUGCUGGGGGAAAAUGAAGAAUCAGUGCAACACAUGUGUCAAAGGUCGAUAUUUGAAUGCAGAUCAGUGUGUAGCAAGAUGCCCAGUGGGUAGCUUUGGCAGUAAGGAUAGUGGUCACUGUGAGACAUGCCCACAAGGUUGUGCCCAGUGCCAAGAUGAACAGCUUUGCACACGCUGCCAGUCAACACGCAAAAACCCUCUUUAUUUACAGGCUGGCCAGUGUGUACGAAAGUGCACUAGAGGAUACCCUGUCGGUCAGGUGUGUAAGAGCUGUGCAUCUGGUUGUACAUCCUGUGAGAAGAAUGCAACACACUGCAUGAGCUGUGAAGAGACACUUCUGCUCCACAAACAUGAGUGUGUGUCGAGCUGUCCAUCUGCACACACAGUGAGCAACGGGGAGUGUGUGCAGUGUCAAGAAAACUGUGCUGUCUGCUCUGAGGAUGGCUGUACAGGGUGUAAAGAAAACUUCUUCCUGCAUGUGGGUCAGUGCAUAGUCAUGUGUCCUGAUGGGUUUUUUGAGGACAUGAAUCAAGGCAUUUGUAAACAUUGUCAUGUGGAUUGCUCAUUAUGUGAUGGACCUGAAUCAAACAACUGUGAUGCCUGUUCAGACAGUGACAGUACACUGCACUAUGGAGCAUGUCUAACUCCCUGCUCCCCACAUACAUACAGGGAAAGCAGGUCCGGAGAAUGCAUGGCCUGUGAUAGUUCCUGUUUAACCUGCUCCGGUCCUCACGACACGUCCUGCACGAGCUGCUCUGAGGGCCUGAAGAUGGAUACCCAUGGACGCUGUGCCACACCCACCACAUGCCCCUCACAUCAUUACAGUAACCAGGAUGGAGAAUGCCAUUUAUGUCACAAGUACUGUCACGAGUGCUCUGGCCCACAUCAGGACCACUGCCUCAGCUGCAACCAGAAACAUUAUCUGCUAAAUGGCAGCUGUGUGAACAAUUGUCCAGAUGAAUACUUCAGUGGGGAGACACAGCGCUGUGAACCCUGUCAUCCAAACUGUCUGACCUGCAUGGGACGACACAGCCAUGAGUGCCUGAGCUGCAGAGAUCACCUCUAUAGAGAUGUCAAAGAAUGUGUGGACACAUGCCGCUCUGGGUACUACGCUUCAGCUGUGUCUAGUACGUGCGAGCGGUGUGAUGAGAGCUGUGGAGAGUGUCUUCAGGCCGGGGCAGAGGGGUGCGUGAGCUGCAGACAGGGGAUGUUGUUUAUUAGAAAACAGGGACGCUGUGUGUUCUCCUGUCCUGAAUCAUUCUAUCAUGACACACACCACAAAACAUGUGAAGCCUGCCACCCCAGCUGCAGGACAUGCAUAGGCAAGAGUGUUGAGGACUGUGACACAUGUUAUCCAGGUUUUACACUCACAGAGGGUUCUUGUGAGUCACCAUGCAUCACAGGAGAGUAUGCUAAGUCUGAGGAGCAGGACUAUAACUGUGAAUCAUGUGAUGAAUCUUGUUUGGAAUGUAAAGGUCCUGGUCCUCAGAACUGCACUAUUUGCCCAGCACAGUUCAUCCUGGCCUCAGAGGGGCGCUGUCUGCCCUGCUGCACCAACACAGAACUGGAAGACACAGUUGCAGUUCAGCAAGAAUGCUGUAACUGUACAGAGAACAAAGGUGAAUGUGUCCUCAGCACUAACUUUGCCUUUCGUAACCAUGAAGAAGACUACACAGGAAACCUUCCACUAUUCAUCACCACCUCCAUCCUGCUUGUCUUUGCAUUGAUUGCUGUUAUCCUCCUCAUAAAGCGCUCCCUUUCAAAACGGGCAUUGCCUGAUACCCCUGUCCCACGUGGAUAUGAAAAACUGGGCCAUGGUGGUGGCAGAGACAGUUUCUACAGAGGCACAUCAUCGGCCACCUCAGCUUACAGUGGUCAAGCUAGUUCUAGUUCUGGAAAUUUCCGUGAGUCACAACUGGUAGACCUCGGUGAUCAGAAGGGCAGUAGAGAUGAUGACGAUGAAGAUGAUGAAGAUGAGGAUAUUGUCUACAUGGGGCAGGACGGCACUGUUUAUCGCAAAUUCAAAUACGGGCAACUAGGAGAUGAACAGGAGGAUGAGUUAGAAUAUGAUGAUGAGAGCUACAAUUACCGAUAACAUCUUCAGCCAUUUAAACACAAAAUGAUCCUGCAGGGUUACUGACAGUUAAGAAUGCACUUAAGAAUCUAAAAACAAUAUUAUAUACAGUAAUUUAAAAAUGUCUGGAGUGUUCAGUAAUGUUUUGAAAGAAAAUGUGAAUUGUAGCGAAUUGUAUAUGAUGAGAUAGAUAGACAGACAGACAGACCGACCGACAGACAGAUAGAUAUAGACGGACGGACGGACGGACGGACGGACGGACGGACGGACGGACAGACAGACAGACAGACAGACAGACAGACAGACAGACAGAUAGAUAGAUAGAUAGAUAGACAGAUGGUCUUAGCUGUUCAUACUUCUUCCAUUCAUUUUCUUUUAUGAAGACAGCUGAGAGUAUUUGUUUUUUGUCAUUGAUUUUCUGUUUACCUAUGUGAGUGAAUUUUUGGAAUGUGUGCAUUAUGUUAGCAAUCAUUUUAGGUAAUGUCAGUUAUUUAUCUUCCUAGUAACAGAAGUACAAAUGAGCUAUUUUCCACUAAGAACUUUGGCUUCUCAUAAUGUUGUUGUGAAAGUGUGUCAACUAUAAAUUAAUAC